AUGUCCCUGAAGAUCCUGUCCAUCACCGUCCUCCUGUUUAUGGGGUCCCUCAGGUCCACUGCAGCCGGCAAAUAUGCCCCCAGUAAGUACAAAGUUAGAAAUGCUGUUUAGAAAACUCAUUUCUUACUUUAGUCUUACAGAUGUUAAUUUUUUUUAUAUUCUUUUGUGCCCGCCUCUCUUUAGAUUUGUACUGAUUUAAAUCCUUUUAAUUCCCUUUAGAAACUCAUUCUUACAGACUUUUUUUUAGGUUUUUUUUCUACAUCCACUUUUCUGUUUAAACUUGAUUCACUUAUUAAAAACAAUAUUGAGAAGAUUAUGUGUGUGUUGGUUAAUUGCAGUGGGAGACAUGGUAGGUGAAUCCUGCUGUUAUGUUGCUCAGCCGUACGUUGGCGAACCGAUCGUAGAGUGCAUCAAACAGAGACCAACGAGGUACUGCAACUCAAAUGACUUUAAGUAAGUACAGCAAAUGGGCCUCAGUGACACAGAUAAGGUGUGAUUAAUGUCUUUUUACUUUUUUGAACUGUCAACAGAAGAGAAAUGGUCUGAGGAACGAAGCACCAGGCUAAAAUCAUCAGAAUGUCAAAUUUACAGUUUUCAUUUUGUUUCCAGGGUCAAAGUUGAGAGUGGCGACUGGUACUGUAUCACAUCUGACUCACCGUGGAUGAAACAGCAAAUACAGAAGGUAAGAAGGAGUUUAUUACACAUUAGUUACUUUGUCAUACCCUACCUGAGAAAUGACGGAGGUUAGCACAUUCAGUAAAACGACACUUUUGUUCACCAUCUUAAAACCUGCACAGUUACAGUCUUUGUUAACUGUUACAACAGAAAACUUUAUAAAAUCACAAACAACAUAAAAGCUCAAGUUCAGAGAAAGCACUUAAACUCAUUUUUGUCUUUUUCUCUCUUCUCCACAGGGUAAAGUCAGCUGUUAA